AUGGAUAAUGGCGAGAAGGAAGGGUACCGCGAGGUCGAGACAGUGUUAUCUCAAAAUCUCCUUGCAUCGGGGAACUCGGCGCAUGGCGAAGACUUCUCUCUGGCAGAACGCCUGGGCUCGGUGCCAAACUCCCCGGACAUCGAGGGCGGUACCACCGUGUUGGGCCUGAACCGCUUUCAAUUCGUGCGUCUUAUGAUCCGAGGUGGUUAUUGCAGCCCGGUGUCGGUGCUGGUGUUGCGAUUGCUGAAUGAGGGUCUUCGUUCUGGUUGA